AUGAACACUCUGAUGCAGAUGGGUCCAAUGAUGGUAAUGGAGGGUCCAAAUGGUAUGCAUCAAGCGUUUCCACAACCAUCGCAACAUAUACAACAACAACCGCCGAUUACUUCUAGUAUGAACAGAUCACAAAGAUGUGGAGUAUGUCGUGGGUGUCAGUGUAAACCAUGUGGACAGUGCACAUAUUGCCAAGAUAGUCCACAAUUCGGCGGACCAGGUGUCAAGAAACAGAGUUGCAUCGAGAGGAGGUGUUUGCGUGUGUUAGAAAACAGACUUCAGAGAGACGCGCCUACAUUCAAAGCUCGUGUUGGAUGUAAUCAGUGUGAAGAUUGCAGAAUGCCCGAUUGUCAAAUUUGUCUAGUCUGCUUAGAUAAGAGAUUUUUCGAUAACCGUUACAUGACUGGUGCGAUGUGUGCGAAAAAACGUUGCAAUAAUGCGACCAGUAUCGAGCUACCAGCACAAUCACCCCAGUCAAUGCACGAGUUCCAACAGAGACAGGCCCAAAAACGUGCCUAUGAUCAAGGAGCUCCGCCACCGAUUCAUUUCGAUAUGAAACGUCGUGGAAUGGACGUCACUUACGGAAUGCCAAUGCCACAAGUACAAGGUCAUCAGCAACAAGUGCCACAAUCGCUUGGACAUCCACACGCCCAGCAAAAUGCUCGUAUACUUGCUAUCAAUCCAGCUGUGAAUUAUGAUUUUGCAGGCUUACCUGCAAUGGGAGCACCACGAAUGCUGCAAUGUGGACCGCCUCAGCCACCACCACCACCACCGCCUCCACUCAAUGAGCCUUCCUAUCUGCUGCCCACCUAUGGUCAUACCUCACCGACACCGGUCGAAUUUUACAAUCCGAAAUCAUAUACAUUUGAAGAGAUCACACCGAAUGGUGAUCCAUUUAUACCACCCAGUUAUGCGCCGGAAAUGAAAAACGCCGUCGUACUGCAGCCACUCUAA